AUGGGCAUUGUCACCAAGCUGAAGCGCCUGGCGAGGUCAAAAACGACCAAUCUAUCCAAGGACGGGACGGUGUCGAGGCCAGGCGCAGGGCCCCGGGCUCCUAGCUCUGCUAAUUCUUCCUCGGUUUCUUCGAGACCCCAAACGUCUUCUGAAACCACCGAAACUCAUCCAGAAUACAGUCCUGAUUCAUCGAGCAUCAGACCGCUCUCCAUCUCAUCACACAAUGAUGAUCUUUGGGCUUGGGCAUAUAAAUUGUUGGCGAACAGAGAGCCGGCGCUUAUGGAGGACUAUAGAAAGCACUUGGGAUCAAUUGGGACGGGGGGCCUUGUCGAUGUGGACUUUUCAGUGCCGCGAUCGAUAGAGUCGGUUGUGAAGAAUCUACUAGAUGAACACGAGAAGAAGCAGUGGCGAUUCGCGCUUCGAGGGAUGCAGAUGAAGAUACGUCAGCUGACUGAAAAGCUGAUCAAAUUCGUCCUCUGGGCUUCUCCUAUAAUCCAAAGAGCUGUUAGCAAUGAUCCAUACAUAGCCCUGGCUUGGGGUGGUGUAUGCUUACUUCUACCACUGCUUUCGAGUGGUAUAACGAACAAUGAAGCGAUGCUAAAAGGCUUGAACCUAAUUAGCGAGAUUCAAAUAUACUGGAAUAUCUGUGAGGAGAGAAAGUUCGAAUCUGAGCACCAAAAAGAGUAUAAGCCUCUCAGAGAGCCCUUGGCGAAGCUCUACUCGAUGAUUAUUGAGUACCAGGCGCGAGCCUUAUGCCACCUCUCCAGGGCUCAACUCUCUCGGGCAUGGGAGAAUGUGGUUGGUGCCCAUGCAUGGGAGGACAUGACGAAAAAGAUCGUUAGCGCAAGCGAUGAUUGUAUGACAUAUCUUGCCCCACUCGAAGCAGAGGAGAUCCGUCAGAACCGAGACAGUACACUGCAUGAAAUUCAAGAAUCACGGGCUAUUCUAGGAGAGAUUCGAGAAUUUCUAGAGGCAGGACAAAGCCUCAACAAAAAGCUACAUGAAGAUCAGCAACAAAAAGCCCUUCCGCAAGAUCUUGCUUCUCAGUAUGAAGAUAAUAAAGAAGUUAUUCCGCUCCGUGUUCAGGAUACAUGCGAGUGGUUCUUUAAAGAUCAAAGCUUCCGCAAUUGGCGCGACAGCGACACCUCCUGUCUAUUGAGGAUAAUUGCUGGUCCAGGAUGUGGAAAGUCAGUCUUGUCGCGCACCCUGAUUGGUGAGAACCGAUUGUCAAUUACACCUGCCACGUCUAUUGUUUGUUACUUUUUCUUUAAUGACGGCGACGAAAGCCGUGUGCUCGCCACGAGCGCUUUGAGUGCAAUUCUUCAUCAACUCUUCGUACAAGAUACCACUGGGGCUUUGAUCGAGGCUGCAAUCGGCAGCCAUAGAAACUUCGGCACAGAACUGAAGCGGAAUUUCUCUGAGCUGUGGCGACUUCUUCUUCGAUGCACUAGCCUUCCAGAGGCUGGAGAAGUCGUUUGUGUUCUUGAUGCGCUGGACGAGUGCAACAAGAUUAGCGGACGACAGCUUAUUGACGCUCUGAAAGGGUACUACUCGCAACCCAAAUCUUAUACAAAUUCAAAGCUCAAGUUCUUGAUCACGAGUCGCCCAUAUGCUCAUUUGGAGGCUCCUUUCGAAAAGUUCCCUGAGUCGAUAGCAUACCUCCGCUUCGAUGGUGAUGAGAAGUCUGUGGAGAUUGCCAAAGAUAUUGACUGA